AUGAAGGAGCGGUGGGUGCAGCUGGGGCUGCUCAGCGUCCCCCUCCUGGCCGUGUACCUGCACCUCCCGCCCCCGCUCUCCCCCGCGCUGCUCUCCUGGCGCGCCUCCGGGGCCUUCUUCACCUACAAGGACCGCAGCAUCUUCUACAGAGAUUCAGCCGGCGCCGUGGGCAGCUCCGACGUGGUCGUCCUCCUGCACGGCUUCCCCACCUCCAGCUACGACUGGAGCAAGAUCUGGGAGGGGCUGACGCAGCGCUUUCGCCGGGUGGUCGCCCUGGAUUUCGUCGGGUUCGGCUUCAGCGACAAGCCCCGGCCCCACCGCUACUCCAUCUUCGAGCAAGCGAGCAUCGUCGAGGGGCUGGUGCGGCACCUCGGCCUCCACCGCCGGAGGAUCAACCUCCUGUCCCACGACUACGGCGAUACGGUCGCCCAGGAGCUGCUCCACAGGUACGAGCACAACAGAACUGGGAGCAUCCUGAUCAAGAGCCUCUGCUUAUCCAAUGGAGGCAUUUUCCCCGAGACGCACCGCCCCCGGCUCAUCCAGAAGGUCCUCAAGGACGGGGGCCUGCUGUCCCCCGUCAUCACGCGGCUGAUGAACUUUUUCUUCUUCUCCAGAGGGCUCGGGGCCGUCUUUGGGCCCUACACGCAGCCUUCGCAGGCCGAGUACUGGGACAUGUGGACGGCGGUGAGGACCAACGACGGCCAUCUUGUGGUUGACAGUAUUUUGCAGUACAUCAACCAGAGAAAGAAGCACAGAGACCGCUGGGUUGGGGCUCUGGUGGCCACCUCCGUCCCACUGCAUUUAAUCUACGGGCCCCUGGACCCUGUGAAUCCGCACCCGGAGUUCCUUCAGCUGUACAAAAGAGUGCUUCCCACGUCCACGGUGUCCGUGCUGGAUGACCACAUCAGCCACUACCCGCAGCUGGAGGAUCCAACGGGCUUCCUGAACGCCUAUCUGAGCUUCAUCAACUCCUUCUGAGCUGCUGCUUGCUCUCUGUUUACAAGUCAGGCUUCGGGGGCAGGAAAAAACUGAUUUUUUUUUUUUAAUCUCCAGAUCAACACUUUGCACUAACGACCCAUGGUUUGGCUGCCAACCUGCUGCGUUCACACACGCAGUUAAAUCCUUCGAGCAGCACAAAAGAUGAGCCUGCGGGGAGGCGUGGACAAAAAUCAUCAGCCUAGGAGUCAGAGGAUGCUGACAGCUCCUCCAGCCCUUCCUACCUCGCUUCUUGGCUGGCCAGGAGGGCUCAGGGCAGAACAAGGACACCCGAGGGGAAGCAUAACACGAGUUAUGUCGGUCCAAGAGUCCUUCCUGCCCUCAGGGGGAGGCUUUGCUGCUUGCCCCAGGCAGCCAGGAGCACGUUCCUAAGAGCAGUGACAUGUUCCUAGGUUAGCUGCCCUUGGGAAGGUCUUGGGAGCUUCCUCAAAGCUCGGCUGUAGCACUCGGUGCUACCGGGGCAAACUUGUGCCUGGUCCCUGGAGCAAUACUGGCCCUAGCAAAAGCCAAGGUGUUUUUCUGAGCAAUAGCUAUUUUUAUUUAUUUAUUUUUUUGCCACAGGGAGCUGGGAGAAGUGUUUAAAUUAGCAUUAAAGCAGUAUUCCUUCCUCACCCUGACUUGGUAAGGACAGAAACGCCAGUACAUUUCCAGGGAGAUGUGUGGCAGGGCGCCCCUCACGAGGAAGUCACCGCCUGGUCCUUCCUCCUUUUUCUUCCCAAUCUUUGACAGCUUUAAGCCCAAAAAAGCUGCAGUGUUCUGUCGUGUUACUUGACACAAGGCUCAGAGAAGUGUUAGUCCAGAGUAGAAAGGGAAAAACCUUCAUGGUUGAAGUGUAAUUUCUCUAUACAUUGAUUUUUGUCUCCUCUAUUUUACGCAAAAUCUUCAAAAGACUGUAAAUU